AUGUCUACCGCAAACACCGACACCCUCAUCGAGCUGGCCAAGGGCCGGCGCACCAUCUAUAAACUCGGGAAGAACAGCCCCGUCCCGGACUCGAAGAUCGAGGAGCUCGUCAACACGGCCAUCCUACACGUCCCCAGCGCCUUCAACACGCAGUCCACGCGGCUCGUGGUGCUCCUGCACGCCGAGCAUGAGAAGCUCUGGGACACAGUCAUCGACACCUUCAUGGAGCUGGUCAAGAGCGGCGCGGUGCCGGAGCAGAUCUGGAAGAACCAGACGCUGCCGAAGCUGCAGGGGAUGAAGAAUGGGGUUGGCACGAUCCUCUUCUACGAAGACCCCGCACAUAUCGCCCCCUUCUCGGAGAAGUUCGCAACAUACAAAGAUCAUUUCCAGUCCUGGGCCGAACACUCCAACGCCAUGCACCAGUACUUCCUAUGGACCGCGCUCGAAUCCCUCGGCUUCGGGGCAAACCUCCAACACUACAACCCUCUCAUCGACGCCCCCGUCGCAAAGAAAUGGGACAUCCCCACCGACUGGCGUCUCAUUGCGCAACUCGUCUUCGGCGGCCGCGAGGGCGAGCCCGGCGAGAAGACGCAGAAACCCGUUGAGGAGCGGGUGAAGAUUUUCGGCAAGGCAUAA